CAUUGCAAGACCAAAGUGCGUACCAUAUGCAACCCACAAGUCUUGCUUCUCAAUCGUAAAGCCUCGGUGUUUCUUGACUUCACACGAUGACCACGAUAGCUGAUGAUAGCAAAGAGCAAGCGCUUACCUUACUGUGUGGAGGCGAAGACCCGUGGACCUGGGGAGGCGAUGCUGCUUCAUGUUAUUUCACGUUCGAAAGAGGCGGGACAGGGACAAUCAGUUGCGGAGAGAACCAAAGGGACUGGUUUGCCAUUGAGACGGAAUGGUCGCUCACUACAGAUCCAAUCAGGGUAAACAGUAACACCCGGGAAUUCUCUAUUCAGUUGACCUUUACCACCCGCAUUGCUCCCUGGUACCACGACCGAAACCCAUGGCUCAAGGGCGCUGCACUUGAGGAACACCUCAAGAAUCCUCCACCUGCAAGCCAGGCACCAUUUCCUUGGUUACCACUGCAGAGCGUGGCCUUCCGUCCUAAGACCUACUCUUUUACACUAUCGCGUGGUAGCUUUGUGCAGCCUUUCCAGUACUUCAUCAAGGUUCCCUACCCUCUCUUCCAAGUGAAGAACUAUGGGACAAAUCGCUUUGCGCCAUAUCGAUACCGCAGUCAGAUAUCAUUUAAAACAUCACCAUAUCCGCCUCGUGAAGAGUGGGACGAAUCAUGGCCGAAUAGAGUUGCGCUCUGUAUGAGUCUGGACUUUCAUCGACACUGGGAGAAGAAGAAUUAUGUACGGGAAAGCAUUGCCACAAAGGACGAGACUUGGAUGGAUGCAUUCGAUCUUAGAUGGUGGUUAAGUCCGACACUCGGAGACGCGUAUAAGAGGGGUAGGACGUUGUAGGAGAGAGAAGGGACCGAAUUUUUCCGUCCUUCUGAGAAGGCAUGUUACGCUGAAGUCCACAAAAGAGCUGGCUUUUGUCUUCGUCAAGAAGUAGGGUCUAAACUUCGGCUGUACUCAGAUAAGCGCUUCACAGCCCGGGGAAACAGUGGCCAAGACUCGACAGUAACGUCUCCUGGCUCCUAGGGAGCAAAUAACAAAACCCUAAUUCAUUGAUCCUUCAUCGAAUCACAAUAGCAUCGGUGGGUUACUUGUACAAGUAGAUGCUGUCAAGCGUCUUAACUCAGCUUCGGCUUGCUAAGAUGAAGAUAAACAAAUGCUGAUUGUAUGUGGAAGUAGUAUCGUAAAUGACUUAUACCAGAA